UUAAUUUCCUUCAUCUCACUCAUUAAUUUCUUAAAAGCUCUCUUCACCGUUUUACACCCUUUUCUACUUUAUUCCCCCGCACCCGCAUCCCCUCCCGUCGACCCCUCUCAAGUCUCAGCCACAGCUUCGAGAAUCCCCCAACCAACCAAUUCCCCCACCCAAAACCCAAAAAAAAAAAAAGUAAAAAAUAAAAUAAAAAAUACCCCAUCCCAUUUCUCCUCCCUAUAAAUCUUGCAAAACCCUUCUAUCAAAAUCCAUACAAACCCACUCUCCAUCUUCCUCGUUCGCAUUGAUAAAAAGAGAGCCCAAAAAGGAAAGAAAAAUGAAGGAAUUUUGGACAACUCUAGCAUCAGUAAUGGGGGUAUGGGCAUUUUUCCAAAGCAUUCUCCACACAGUUUUCCCACCGGAGCUUCGUUUUGCAUCCCUCAAACUCUUCCACCGCUUCUCCAAUUGGUUCUCAGCCUACUGCUACUAUGACAUCACAGAAAUCGACGGCGUCAACACCAACGAACUCUACAACGCCGUCCAGCUGUACCUCAGCAGCUCCGCUUCCAUCACCGGCAACCGCCUGAGCCUCACUCGCGGGCUCAACUCCAGCGCCAUCACCUUCGGGCUGUCCAACAACGACCGCCUCAUGGACAACUACGAGGGCGUGACGGUUCUGUGGGAACACAUAGUCACGCAGAGACAAGCCCAGACAUUUUCUUGGCGGCCGUUGCCCGAAGAAAAGCGGGGCUUCACUUUGCGCGUGAAGAAGAAGGAUAAGUCGGUUAUUCUGGGAUCUUACCUAGAUUUUGUCAUGGAAAAAGCUAGCGAAAUACGUAGGAAUAAUCAAGAUCGGUUGCUUUACACCAAUUCACGUGGAGGGUCACUUGACUCCCGAGGCCAUCCUUGGGAGUCCGUACCCUUUAAGCAUCCUAGCACUUUUGACACGCUAGCUAUGGAUCCGAUCAAAAAGGCCGAAAUCAUGGCUGAUCUUAAAGAUUUUGCUAAUGGGGAAGCAUUUUAUCAGAGGACUGGCCGGGCUUGGAAGAGGGGAUAUUUGUUGUACGGACCACCUGGGACGGGGAAGUCUAGCAUGAUUGCUGCAAUGGCAAAUUUCUUGGGGUAUGACAUUUACGAUCUGGAGUUGACUGAGGUGCAUACCAAUUCGGAGCUGAGGAAAUUGUUGAUGAAAACCAGUUCAAAAUCCAUUAUUGUGAUUGAAGAUAUUGAUUGUUCAAUUAAUUUGACUAACAGGAAGAAGAGCGGAGGCGCUGCUAAUUCUGGUGGUGCUAGGAGUAACAAUUUUGACGUUUCGCCCCCGGGGACUAGUAAUGGUGGGGAGGAGGGUGGGAAUUCGAUUACUCUUUCAGGGUUGUUGAAUUUUACAGAUGGAUUGUGGUCUUGUUGUGGGAGCGAGAGGAUAUUUGUUUUCACUACCAAUCAUAUCGAGAAGCUUGAUCCUGCCUUGCUGAGGAGUGGGAGGAUGGACAUGCAUGUCUUCAUGAGUUACUGUUCUUUUCCGGCAUUGAAGAUUCUCUUGAAGAAUUAUUUGGGGUACAAUGAUGGCGAUUUGGAGAGGGAUUUGGAGGAAGAGUUCAAACAAGUGAUGGAUAAGGCUGAAAUGACACCGGCAGAUAUAAGUGAGGUGUUGAUUAAGAACAGGCGUGACAAGGAAAGAGCUGUUUGGGAGCUUUUGGAGGCUUUGAAGCUGAGGGCAGAGAAGAAAUCAAGGGGGUUGAAUGGUACAGUGGUGGAAGAUGAGGAGCAGGAGAAAAGGGCUUUGGAUAGUCCAAAAGAACAAGAGGAAGAAGAAGAAGAUGAUGAUGGUGAAUUGCAAGAAAGUUGUAACAAAUGUGAUCAGAAUAAUGAUGAUCAGAAGAACAAUUAAAGUAGUAGUAUCACACAAUUGAUGCAUUUUUUUUUCUUUUGUUUAUGUUUUUUGGGGGGACAUUCUCUUGACUCACGAGGGAUUAUUUUAGGAAAUGGACAAAGAUUAUCUUGAAAUUGCAUAUGAAUGAGUCAA